AUACGCGCUUCCGUCUUUUCUCCGAACUUCCGCACAAAAGACAACUCGCGCGAGACUAAGCUAAAACCAUGGGAGAUGUGCCCGGAACAAAGGUUUGGGUAGGUAACCUCGGCAGCACGUGCGAGGAGCGUGACCUGAGGGACGAGUUCAGCAAGUUCGGAGAACUCAACAAGGUGUGGGUCGCCCGCAACCCACCGGGCUUCGCGUUCGUCUGGUUCGCUGACGACAGAGACGCCGGUGAUGCCGUUAGGGAGAUCGACGGCAAGAGCAUCGCCGGUCGCGAGUGGCGUGUGGAAGUCUCUCACCAAAGAGGCCGCGACCGCGGGCCGCCCGGGGGCGGAUACGGAGGCGGCGGCGGCGGCGGUGGUUACGGGGGUGGAGGCGGAGGCGGCGGCGGGUACGGCGCUCCCCGCGUCGGCGGCGCCGCGCCCCGCACCGGCUACAAGGUCCGCAUCACCGGCCUACCUGAGGGCAUGCGCUGGUCCGAGCUGAAGGACUUCGUGCGCAAGGCGGGGGACGUGACUUACGCUGACGUCCGGGGCGACGAAGGUGUCGCUGAGUUUUCCAACCGCGACGACAUGUCGAGGGCCGUGAGGGAGCUGGACGACACCUACUUCGCGGACAGGCGCAUCCGCGUGGACUACGACGAUGGAGGCAGCGGCCGCGGCCGUUCCCGCUCUCCCGCCAGGCGCCGCUCCCGCAGCCCUCCCCCCCGCCGCGGAAGCCCCCCCCGCGGCAGGUCUCGCUCCCCUCCCGGCCGCGGCAGGAGCCCCUACGGCCGCAGCCGCAGCCGCAGCCCCAUUCGCGACAGGUACUGA